AUGCCCCGCACCAACAAGUCCGCCGUCAACGUCGGGAUCAUUGGCGCUCUGGCCGCUGGAGCCCUCGCUGGCUGGUACUUUUACUCGAGCGAGCUGACCACGGCCGAGGCCGACUGGAAGAAGGUCAACUACUACAACGUCUACAAGGACAUCGCCGACCUCCUCGAGGACGAGGACUACGACGAUGGCUCGUACGGCCCUGUGUUUGUCCGCCUCGCGUGGCACGCCUCGGGCACGUACUCCAAGAAGGACCGCACCGGCGGCUCCACUGGUGGCACCAUCCGCUUCCAUCCCGAGGCCAACUACGGCGCCAACGCCGGCCUCCACGUUGCCCGCGAGCGCCUUGAGCCGCUGAAGAAGAAGUACCCGCACAUUUCGUAUGCUGACCUGUACACGCUGGCUGGUGUUGUCGCGAUUCAGGAGCUCGGCGGACCUGUCGUCCCCUGGAGGCCUGGCCGGCCUGACGCCAUCACUGCUGCGGCUGUUGCAGCUACCCCAGAUGGUCGCCUGCCGGACGCCGCCCAGGGCGCCGACCAUGUGCGCGACAUCUUCUACCGCAUGGGCUUCAAUGACCAGGAGAUUGUAGCCCUGGAGGGCGCCCACGCCCUUGGCCGUUGCCACACCGACCGCAGCGGUUUCGAUGGCCCCUGGAACGCCUCGCCAACUGCCUUCACCAAUUUCCUCUUCACCGAGCUCCUUGACAACACCUGGGUCCCCAAGAAGUGGGACGGCCCCUUCCAGUACGUCGACAAGGCUACUGGCCAGUUCAUGAUGCUGCCUGCCGACAUCGCCUUCAAGACUGACCCCAAGUUCCGCCAGUACGUCGAGCAGUACGCCAAGGACCAGGAUCUGUUCUUUGCCGACUUCUCCAAGGCCUUUGUCAAGCUGCUGGAGCUCGGCGUCCAGUUCCCCGAGGAUGCCCCCGUCUACCAGUUCAAGCCUCUGGAGUAA